AUGCCUUUCCCUCCCGCGAGAAUCUCGCCUUAUUAUGCGUCGUACAGAUCCAAAGGGGAGGGUCCUAGUACAGAAGUGACGCUGCCAAUUGUAACACUUGCAUGGCAAGUUUUUCAAAAGGAUCAUGAUGAUGGUGCAGAUAUGGAUAAAUGUGAUGUUGAUCAAAUUGAAAAGAAAAAGUAUUAUUGGAUGAUGUCACUUCAUAAGAUGAAUCCGUACAACUUAGACCAAUAA